AUGGCGCCCCAAAUCGACGGCUUCUUUUCCCAGGUUGACACCCUGUCAUCCCACUUCAUUGAGCGCCUCAGAAAAGCCGUUGCCAUCCCUUCCGUCUCUUCGGAGGCUGCCCGCCGACCUGAUGUCGUCCGCAUGGCCCACUUCCUAGCCGACGAGCUCAAGACUCUAGGUGCUAGUGUCGAGCUCCGACCCCUCGGCAAGCAGCCUGACAACCCGGCGCUCGACCUUCCCCCCGCAAUUCUCGCCCGUUACGGGAGCGACAAGAACAAGCGUACUAUCCUUGUAUACGGACACUACGAUGUGCAGCCCGCUGAUAAGAGCGACGGUUGGGCCACCGAGCCCUUCACCCUAAGCGUCGGCGAGGACGGCCGCAUGUUUGGACGUGGUAGCACGGAUGACAAGGGCCCGGUCCUAGGUUGGCUAAACGCUAUCGAAGCACACCAGAAGGCCGGCGUCGACUUCCCCGUCAACCUACUUAUGUGCUUCGAGGGUAUGGAGGAGUACGGAUCUGAAGGCCUAGAGGAGCUUAUCCAGAAGGAAGGCAAGGGUUACUUCGCCGAUGCUGAUGCUGUUUGUAUCAGCGACAACUACUGGCUGGGUACCGAGAAGCCGUGCCUAACGUACGGUCUGCGGGGUUGCAACUACUACGGUAUAGAGAUCUCAGGUCCCGGUGCGGAUCUACACAGCGGAGUGUUCGGUGGCACGGCACAGGAGCCCAUGACAGACCUGGUGCGCGUGCUCGCCAGCCUGGUCGAUACGCACGGUAAGAUCUUAAUCCCGGGCAUUAUGGAUCAGGUAGCCCCUGUCACGAAGGAAGAGGAAACGUUAUACGAUGGUAUCUCAUUCACAAUGGAAACGCUACAAGAGUCUCUAGGGUCCAAGACGACUAUCUUUGAGGACACCAAGUCGACCCUGAUGGCGCGGUGGCGAUACCCAUCGCUGUCGAUCCACGGUGUUGAGGGCGCGUUCUCAGCUCCGGGAGCCAAGACUGUGAUCCCCGCCAAGGUUAUCGGCAAGUUCUCCAUCCGUAUCGUGCCCAACAUGGAGAUCGAGAAGGUGAACGAGUUGGUAGCCAAGCAUGUCAAGGACACGUUCGCAACGCUCGGCAGCAAGAACACCCUGAAGGUGUACCCCAUCCACACGGGUAACUGGUGGGCGGCUAGCCCUAAUCACUGGAACUUCCGUGCCGCUAGCAAGGCCGUCGAGAGGGUGUGGGGUGUGGAGCCGGAUUUCACGCGCGAGGGUGGAAGUAUCCCGAUUACCCUAACAUUCGAGCAAUCCACAGGCAAGAACGUGCUAUUAUUACCUAUGGGUAGCUCUACGGACGGUGCACACUCGAUCAACGAGAAGCUGGACAAGAAGAAUUACAUCGAGGGCAUCAAACUGCUAGGCGCGUACCUACACUACGUUGCUGAGGAGCCUCAGCAGUGA